UAGAAAAUUGUAUUUUCCCAGGAAAGUUAUCCCAUCUUUAGGGUUCCCGCCAAGUGAAAUCUGACGCCUCACGGGCCAACAAUGUCCGGUAACGUAAAUAUUGGACUGCCCUCGGAUAAGUUAUCUUUUCGACCUUUGGAACCCGUGGAACCACCCGAAACACAAACGAUGUAAGUUUACUCAGUUAAAUGCCCGCGAUUGCUUUCACAUUGUUUCUGCAUUUCUGUUCGCUGGUGAUUUAAUGGGAGUUUGAUGUAUUGCUGCCUCAACAUAUUAUUUGUCUGUUUGAGUCUUUCUUUCAAUAGCAGGGACAAAACUUACAUAGUUUUAGUAUCAACCGGAAGCUUUAACCCUCCUACUUAUAUGCAUCUGCGCAUGUUUGAGCUGGCAAGGGAUGCACUAAAGCUCGAAGGCUUCGAUGUCAUUGGAGGUUAUAUGUCACCUGUGAAUGAUGCCUACAAGAAAAGGGGCCUUAUAUCUGCGAAGCAUCGGAUUGAAUUGUGUCAUCGCGCUUGCAGAAGUUCAGAGUUCAUAAUGGUGGAUCCAUGGGAGGCAAAUCAGAAUACCUUCCAACGCACAUUGACUGUAUUGUGUAGAAUCAAGAGUUCUUUGGUUGAGAGUGGACAGAUAUCUGGAGAUUCCCUUAAAGUCAUGCUUGUUUGUGGCUCUGAUCUGCUAGAAUCUUUUAGCAUACCUGGAGCUUGGAUUCGUGAGCAGGUAAUGACAAUAUGCAGAGAUUUUGGUGUGGUUUGCAUUCGUAGAGAAGGUCAAGACGUUGACAAAAUCAUCUGCAAUGAUGACAUUUUAAGUGAAUAUAAGAAUAACAUCAAAGUUGUGAACGAAAUUGUACCAAAUCAGAUCAGUUCAACAAGAAUAAGGGAUUGCAUUUUGAGUGGUUUGUCAGUAAAAUAUCUAACAUCUGAUGAAGUGAUUGAUUACAUCAAACAACACCACCUCUACUCAAACUCCAUGGUGUUGUGAUGAUCCGCAGGCAUCUACAAUUGGUAUCUUGCACAGCACAACAGUGGUUAAUCCAGUCGAGCAACAGCAACAACAGCAGUCAUAUACAGCCCCAGAGAACACCCACGACCAGGACUACUAUGUGCCGACAGCCAACAUCACCAGAGUCAUGCGUCGGGUCCUACCGCCGCAAGCCAAGAUCGCCGAUGACGCCAAGGAGACAGUUCAACAAUGUGUUACCGAGUACAUCAACAUGAUCACGAGUGAGGCGAACGACCGUUGCCACCGCGAGGGGCGCAAGACCAUCACUGCCGACGAUAUUCUGUGGGCCAUUGAAAGGUUGGGCUUCGACAACUACGCGGGUCCCCUGAGUCUCUUCCUCGACCGGUUCCGCGAUGCGCAGAGGCAGUGGAGCGAGGAGAGCAGAGAGCGUCUCGGCAGUCGUGUGGCGCAUUCCAGGCGGCUUCCUCCUCCUACUUAUGGACUGCUACCGCCGCAGGGGGAUGGUUCCGGUAUUUCUAGUGACAAUGCUGGUGCAGGCAGCAGCUCCUCUACCAGCCAGGGUGGAGCCGCUAGCUUUGGUCCCUAUGCUCAGUUCAAACGCUAGUUGUGGGCAUGUUAGUGCCCAGUAGAAGAAAUGAUGGCUAGAACUAUGUUGGGUGACUUCUUUUAAUAAGUACUGUAUGUCCCUAUGCUCACUUCUUCUCUUGAAGUUAUGUAUUUGUCUAAUUUCCAAAAAUAAAAUUGUCUAUGUUUAAAGACAAAUGUGACUAAACCAUGCACUUACAGUUAGAA